UUGGACGUGGCGUUGACGCGCCCGCAUCCGCCGAGGCUCAUCGAGCAGGUCAUUGCGCAGAGCAUGGGGAACUCUGAUAUGCGAGGCCACUUGACCGACAUGGUCGGCGCCAUCUCCGCCCUAGGAGCCUUCAAAGCUCCAGUUGGCGACGUCGCCCAGGAGCCUGGGCGUUUGAUGGAGGAUUGGCGGCGCAAUGGUGGCAACUCCUUCAUCGGUCUGUGCAUCCGUGCUCUGAAACACGCUGCGCCGCUGCAGAACUCUGGCGGGUUCGCUUUCUCUAUGCCAGGCCUGGAGGUGGACAAGGAGGCCGAGUGCUGCAUCGAAACGACAAUGGACGAUGGCAGCUCCCCAGGCGAACUUCACCCUGUCCUCGGUGCGGUGGCGAAGCUGCCACAAUUCGUCGGUGCCUGUCGGCCUGUGUUGUGGGUCAGCGGGGUCAUGCAGAACGUGGUCUCCGCGGCGAUUGACUCUCUCGGCAAGUCUUGCGAGUGCGCAGGUUUCAAGGCAGUGACCCCCCAGACGUGCUUCAAGAGCCUCUCCGUCGCGUCUGCUCGGGACGCCUUCCUCGACGUGUCCAAGAUGCCAGAGAGCCAGAAGGCUUCCCGCAAGGCGUUCCACUGCCAGGAAGUACAUUUCGAAUUGCUCGACAGCUCGAAAGGGUUGUCUGUGGCCAAGGACCUGGCGACUUUGACGAAUGCCGACCUCGUGAACGUCACCACUUCCUUCUCGCAGGUGGAUGUGGCAGACGUGCCAAAGAACGAGGUCAUGUGCGUGCUCUGCUUGCUCCAAGCCAUGCACUGCGUCGCCUCUGGCAUCAUCUACGUCGCCGACGAGAUCACGCAGACCUCCGACAUGAUAGGGCCGCAUCAAACGAUCCGUCCGGACAUUGUUGCUGCAUUCGAAGCAAUUGAUCGUUGUUCGUCCGAGGCCUUGGCAUUCAUGGAGCAGAACCCCUCGGUGUUGGAGGCAGGGCUUCGCGUGCCAGUGCCGUGGAUUUGGGGUCUCACAGGCACGGAGCAAUGGUUUUCAGCCGCACGUGCCCUCAUUCAAGAGCUCAGGGCCCUCGCGUUCGGAGCUUUGAUUGCCGAGGUCGUUACUUUUGCCAAGUUGGUCGAGAAGCACGUCCCAAAAUACGAUCAUUUCUGCAACGACGCCAAGGUAGUGAUGCCAUUGGUCCGCAAAAAUCUCGUCAACAAUGCCAAGGUCGACAGCCUCGGAAAAGAGAUGCUUGAUUUGUUCAAUGCGAUCGCGCGCAUUGGGAGCAUGCAGGCGCAGCUGAACCUGCAGGACCCGAAGGAGGACCCCAAGCACAAAGACGACAUGGACUUCAUCGACGUCGUCUACAAAGCUGUGAAGAAAUGCCUGUCGACGGUAGCUGGGGCCACCAUUCUCACGCAGAAAGCUGGCGCUGCGCAGGUCGCAGAAUCCAUCAAGUUCUUAGCCCGCCCAAACCUGGACGUCCCCAAUGCUUUGAGGACUGAGUUGGAGCGAGUGUCCAAAGCCACAGGCAAGGCUGCCGCUGCGAAGUCAUCGGCAGCCCCCUUGGCGCCAGUCAAACCUGAACAAUGAUAGGAUGCGACGCAGGCGAUGGAAUUGCAUAAGAGCUAGCCUUUUCGUAA